UAUUUAUUAAUGUUUAACCAACCGACUCACAAAUUCACCCCUAGCUAAAAAUCCAAAAAAUGAAUAAAAUUUUACAUGUAUGCAGCAAAUAACACAUUUUAAUUCUGAGAACUUUGCUGUGGAUAUGUCUGCUGAUUCAGUAACUUUUUGCUUUUUGUCUAAGAUUGCAGCUGCAAUGAGAAACAUGAUAAGAUUUUGUGAAUGCAUCAAUGCGUGUGAGGGAAGCGCAUGCAAAUGUUCUCUCUGUGCAUUCUGCAGACUCUCUAAUAGGUGUUUCCAUUUCUCUUCAUCAGAUAACACAACCACAGAUCGUUCAUCUGGACUGGAAUCAGCUCUCAAACACAUUCACACAUUCUCUCUGGUCGUCUACUGUGUGAUUAUUAUGGUUGGGACAGUGGGAAAUGGUCUGGUCAUCUAUGUGACCGGCUUCAAGAUGAAGAAAACUGUCAACUCUGUGUGGUUUUUCAACUUGGCUCUGGCUGACUUCCUUUUCACAGCGUUCCUGGUGUUUACAGCAGUUUCUCUCUCUCAGCAGCACCACUGGCCUUUUGGACAGUCUAUGUGCAAACUCAACAACUUUGUGAGCUUGGUCAACAUGUUUGCUAGCGUCUUUUUUCUGAUGGCCAUAAAUCUGGAUAGAUGCCUGACCACAUGGGUGGUGGUGUGGGCACAAAACGAGCGCACCGUCCUUAAGGCUCAAAUCAUCAGUGCUGUAAUCUGGUUGGCUGCAGGGAUCUGUAGCACACCUUAUGCUUGCUUUCGCAUUGUGAUCUACCAGGACAAUGGCACCCAGUGCGUUUACAAUUCUACCAUGCAACAAAGACGGACUCUGUACACUUUCCGCUUUGUUGUGGGCUUCCUCAUCCCAUUCUUAGCAAUAUUUCUCUCUUAUCUGGCAAUAGGAAUACGUUCCAAGCGUCUGCAAAAUGUGAGGAAACACUUAUCUCACCGUGUAAUUGUUUUCAUCAUUGUUGCAUUCUUCAUCUGCUGGUUGCCAUUUCAUGUUAUGAGUUUUAUAGAAUUAGCUUCCAGCAAUAAACAGGAGCUUUUGAAGAUUGUUAAGAUUGGAGGUCCUUUGACUCUGAGUCUAGCUUUCAUGAACAGCUGCCUGAACCCCAUCCUCUACGUUUUCAUCCGAGAUGACUUCCAAAAUCAGCUUCAUCAGUCUGUGUGCUUUGUUGUAGAGAAUGCCCUGGCGGAGGAUCUUUCGGCAUCUGCAUCUUCUCGUUUCUUGUCACCACAGUUGUUACGGGCUGAUAGAAAAUCAAAGUCCUCUGUUCCUGUCUAGGAGAAAUAUGUAGGAAUAUUACUAGAGAUCUAGAAUGUAUUGCAAUGUAUGUAUAGAGAAAACAUGCAUGUGAUUUUUUUUUUGCGUCAUUUAGUUUUUGAUGUUUUUUCAACUGUCGGUGACUUUAUUGUGUGUGAUUUCCUUAAAUGUUAAGUCUUCAAAGAAUAUAUUGGUAACAUGUUGCGAUUUAUAGUCUAAGUUGACAAUCUGCACACCACAUUAGCUUAGACUAUUUAAAGUAAAAAUUUGAAGACUCUCUCUAUGGAUCUGUAUGCUAAACUGCCUAAAAUGUUUCAUAUUUUAGGAUGCUGCAUGGUAUAGCAGCAGAGAUGGUUCCUUUUAUACAGAGAAUAUCACUAUAA